CUUUCAGGAGGAUGCAACACCAGGCUUAACACCCCACCCCCUUCUCCGUUUAUUCAAGGAUCUCUGCAACCUUCAGGCACUACCCAUGGAGAGAUGCUAGAGCGACGCACAUCUCGAACUUCCGGUAAAUGUUGAAACCCGCCCUCGGUAAAAAUUCUCUAUGGGUGCUAAGAGAGCUCUCCGUUCGUCAUCUCUAUGGCGAAAUUGGGUGGAAGUUCAGAGUGAGAUUGAGACAGGAAGUGACCAUAAAGAACGCGCUGAGAGGCUUUUCCUUCUCGUUCCCUCCUUCCUUUUUCGCUUUGUAUCGUCGUCACCAUGCCGAAGCUGAGUAAAGAGGCGAAGCAACGGCUGCAGCACCUCUUCAAAGGCGGCCAGUUUGCUAUCCGGCUUUAAGAGAGGUGCAGAUCCUGGAAUGCCUGAACCAACCGUUCUAAGAUCCAGAGAAACUGCCUCAUCAGAGAGACCUUUUAGAUCAGCACUCAGACUGUACACCAUCAUGCAGAUUCUCCCAAGACUUUUCCUCUUCUCUCUGCUUCUUGCUACAGGCUCUUUUCUGGAGUGUGAAGUUUGUUCUAGCCCAGGCAGCACCUGCAGUGGUGCGAGACAACGCUGCCACGAGAGGAGUGCCACCUGUGCUAUCAUCACAAUUGAGAAUACUCUAGAAAACAUCACGGUUCUGACAGUAGCAAAAGACUGUGAAUCUUCUGAUGUCUGCAUGAAUCCUGGGAAGUCCAUGAAUUUCGGACAUGGAAGAAUCAUACGGUCGUAUUCCAGCUGUUGCAUCGAGGAGUCGUGCGCAAUAGAAGUUCCUAAGUUGAUGCCAGUGGCAACUAAACCAAAUGGAAUCCAGUGCCCUGGCUGCUUCUCUCCUGGUGAAAGUUGUGUUUCCGACAUUGUCGCUUGUACUGGAGAUCAGAAUCAUUGCUUCAAGAUUGUCUCAUCUGCACGUAUUGGUGGAGAACACAUCAAUGUCAUCAUGAAGGUCUGUGCCACCAAGAAUGUUUGUUUGGCAGUGGAACAAGGACGGGCCUCCCCUGUUACAGGGUCUGAUUUGUUUCUCAAACAGGGCAGCUGCCGACCCAAGGCUUCAGGCGGACCUCAGAUCACUGGACUCCUCUUCCCAACCAUCUCCGGGUUCCUGCUGAUGAAGAUGGUCUUGUGAAAAAGUGCCUGUCUGAGAUCCUAUCACCUGUGUUCAGUCAUAUUUUCCUGUUUCCUGAACAAAUCAGCAGUACAUUCAAUGGCUCUCUUCUUUGUAGUACCCAGGGGAAAUAAACACCAGCAAUAAAAGGAACGUAUGCAGAA